GUGCUUGACGCUCUGUCAAGAAAAAAAAAAAAACGUUUCAGCUCGGACACAAGAGGCAGAUUCUGAGCAGGAUUACAAACCUCCAGCUUUCGUUUGAAAGACUCCACCUGACUUUUGAGGUUAUUGAUAAUUUCUGGAGUGUUGCCUGCAUCUUGCUGGACUUUGGUUUCUAGGUGACACAACCUGAAGCCGCAGACACCAAAGUGAGACUCGUUGUCUUUCACGUUUGUGACGGACUCACCUGCUCUCCAUGUUGUCCACGUCACUUUUUACACCAAUGCCUGCGAUUGGACAAAAAGUUGGAGGUAUUCACAAAAAGAUAUUGGCCAUAAGAUAUUGACGAAGAAAAGUUCCAGAAGACAAUGAAUGUUGGUCCUACUACAAAAAAUGGCCACUCACUCUGAAGAUCAGAUGCCACCACCUCCAGCCGGUAGUACGAGUCCUGGCUGUUGGGCUCCAGCAUGGGCGAGAUAUUCACCACGCUGCCGUUGGCUUUGUACAGCUUCAGGAUGUGAUGAGGAGACGCCUCCGCUGCCGCUCGGAACAGGUCUGCCACGUUACAGAGGUCAUUGCAGGUGACAGGUGAGUAUGAGCAGCUUCAUAUCUGCAACCAGUCCUGAGUUAAUAGUAUACAAAGUCCAGGAUGGCAUAUUUUCUCCAAUUCUCUGGUUGAUUAAGUGAAAUGGCGAGUCUGGUUGCUACAUGAUUUGUUUCCGUGUCACGGAGAAUGAAGCUCUUUAUCCUGAGGACCUGUCGCCACCAUAUGGAGUUCAAGUCCUUCCAUACAACUUCAGACUCCACUUGUGACUGAAUCACACAGGAGAGCGAAUUGGACCAUCAAGUGGGGGAUUAUGGCAUUCACGGGGACUCUGCCAGUAACGCCAGCUGCCUCCUUAAAACCGUAACUGGCUUAAAAACACGACAGAGAGACUCGUCAGCUAUCAGGACUUUGUUGGACUGAACGUGGGAAGAGGAGCUCGCUGGAAGUUGGCGUGCGCCCGUCCAUUCCCCUCCGAUGGCUGAGGAGGAGGAGGAGGUGAUGGCCCCGGAAUAUUUGCUGCAGCAGGUGAUGCUCAAGGACCUGAGUAAGAGGCUGCAGGCGGGCCAGGAGAUGGUGGAGCUUAUCCUGCAAGAGGACAAAUGUCCAGAUCUUGAGCAGGACCAGGGUACCCUGGACAGAAUGGUGGAGGCGUUGGCCAGCUCUUGGGUCAACUCCAGUCACUUCAAGGUGGUUUUGUUGGGGAUGGACCUUCUGUCUGCAUUAGUCAGCAGACUGCAGGAAAAAUUCAGGACACAGGUUGGAACAGUUCUUCCCAGUUUAAUAGAUCGUCUGGGAGAUGCCAAGGAUCAAGUGCGUGACCAGGACCAAGCACUUCUACUUAAAAUCAUGGACCAGGCCGCCAACCCACAGUAUGUUUGGGAGCGCAUGAUGGGAGGCUUCAAACAUAAGAACAACCGAACUCGAGAAGGACUCUGCCUUUGCCUCAACUCCACCUUAAAUGUGUUUGGUUCGCAGAGCCUGACACUUAGCAAAAUAGUUCCUCACAUUUGUAAUCUCCUGGGAGAUCCCACAAGUCAGGUGCGCGAUGGAGCCAUGAGCUGUCUGGUUGAGAUCUACCGCCACGUCGGUGAGCGAGUGAGGAUCGACCUGGGAAAGAAGGGCCUACCUCAGUCGCGGUUGAAUGUCAUCUUUAGUAAAUUUGAUGAGGUCCAAAGGUCGGGGAACAUGGUCCUGUCACCUGUGUCAGAUAAAAACUCUGAGGAUGGCGAUUCGCUGGACGGUGGCUGCUCUUCGUCCUCAUCCAAAGGAGAAUUGUUGGCCGGGAGGAAGACCGGCGUGGGUUCGUUGCGACGCCCCGUCUCCAAAUCAGCAGGUCAGAGCUCUCUAUUUUUUCCACUGAGACAAAAAUCAAUGAGGUCAACUGUGGUUUUGUCGGUUGCAGGGAGAGAUGGGUCCACUGCUGGCGCGGUGGACGAGGCUGACUUCAUUCAGGCCUUUGACGAUGUUCCCACUAUGCAGAUUUACUCCAACAGGGAGGUGGAGGAGGCCAUGGUCAAAAUCCGAGACGUGCUCUCGGAUGACAAGCGCGACUGGGAGCUCCGAGUUGCAGCGCUGAAGAAGGUGCGCUCGCUGAUGUUGGCCGGAGCGGCGGAGUUUGACGGCUUCCCGCAGCAGCUGCGGCUCCUGGAGUCGGCGUUCGUACUGUCAGCCAAGGAUCUGCGUUCGCAGGUGGUUCGGGAAGCCUGUAUCACUCUGGGAUACCUGUCCUCAGUGCUCGGCAGCCGCUUUGAUCACGCCGCCGAGGCCGUCAUGCCGAGUCUCCUGAACCUGGUCCCCAAUAGUGCCAAAGUCAUGGCCACCUCCGGUGUGGCUGCCAUCCGCCUCAUACUAAAACACACACACUACCCUCGUCUGAUCCCCAUCAUCACCAGCAACUGCAUCUCCAAGUCUGUGGCUGUCAGAAGGCGGUGCUAUGACCUCUUGGACCUGCAACUGAAGGAGUGGCACACAAACUCUCUGGAGAGGCACGUAGCCGUGUUAAUGGAAACUCUAAAGAAAGGUAUUCACGACGCAGAUGCCGAGGUGCGCUCCGUGGCCAGGAAGUGUUACUGGAACUUCCAAAGCCACUUCAGUCGGGAGGCGGAGCAACUGUUCCAGGGCUUGGAGUCGUCUUAUCAAAAGGCUUUGCAGGCUCACUUGCGGAGUGGCGAUACUCUGAUGUCACUUCCUCCAUCUGAUCAUUCCUCAUCCUCCUCACAAGAGAGCCUGAAUCGAACGUUGUCUCCGAGAAGCAACGCCGGAAGAAACGUGGCCAAACCCAAAGCGUCCAAAUCCUCUCGACCCCCCACCGGCACCUCCUCCCCCGGCACCCUCCAGCGUUCUUGCAGCGACGUGGACGUCAACGCGGCAGCCAGCGCCCGCACCCGGAUGCCCACGGUAGCCUCGGCGGUGCAAGCUUCCCCUUUGUCCUUUAGCUCCGCCUCCGCUCUGCCUCCCGGAUCUUACGCUUCGCUCGGUCGUGUCCGAACGCAGAAGACCAGCGCGGGAAAGCGUCCGUCAGUGCCCGACGGUCAGGGCCGCAGCAAAGGGAAAGUGGUCUCACAGUCCCAACGUAAGGAAGCCGAAAUAAGACAACCACGUCGUCGACUUGUCACUGAUCUGAACUCCCGCGCUUUAGCCGGCAGCAGGUCCGGUUCCCCGGGACGAAUGCUGGGCUCUACCCACGGCAGGAUGGUCAGGGUGCCCGUGGGCAACGCUCCCGCCAGCAGCGGGCUGAGUAACAGUCGGCGCCCACGAGGCCACCGCAGCCAGGGCUGCAGUCGGGAGACCAGCCCCACCAGAUCGGGCUCUGACCGUCUGUCUCACCAGGCUCGGAUCUCGGCCUCCGUCAAUGCCAUGAGGAUUCUCAACACGGGCACCGAGGUGGAAGCGGCCGUUGCCGAUGCUCUGCUCUUAGGAGAGUCGAGGAGUAAGCAGCGCUCAGCGCGCCGCCAUUUUGAAUCGCCGGGUAUGUUCUCCGACGACGACGCCAACAGCGACGCCUCCAGCGCCUGUUCGGAGCGCUCGUACGGCUCCCGCAACGGCGCCGUGCGUCAUACCGACGACGUGGCUGAAAUCCUCAACCACUGCGCCAGCGCCAAUUGGUCGGAGAGAAAGGAGGGCCUGCUGGGGCUGCAGAACGUGCUGAGGAGCCAUAUUAUGCUCAGUCGCGUGGAGCUGAAAAGACUCUGCGAGAUCUUCACCAGGAUGUUUGCAGAUCCUCACAGCAAGGUCUUCAGCAUGUUCCUGGAGACUCUGGUGGACUUCAUUGUUCUGCACCGGGAAGAUUUACUCGACUGGCUUUUCAUCCUACUCACCCAGCUGCUGAAGAAAAUGGGCGCUGACCUCCUGGGCUCCGUUCAGGCCAAAGUUCAAAAGGCGCUGGAUGUCACCUGUGAAUCCUUCCCGUACGAGCAGCAGUUCAACAUCCUGAUGCGCUUCAUCGUGGAUCAGACCCAGACGCCCAACUUGAAGGUCAAGGUGGCCAUUCUGCGCUACAUCGAGGCGCUAGCCCGGCGGAUGGACCCGGCCGACUUUGUCAACACCAGCGAGACGCGCCUGGCCGUCUCGCGCAUCAUCACGUGGACCACCGAACCCAAAAGUUCCGAUGUCCGCAAGCAUUUAUUUCAUUCAACAAACCCCCAGACCCUUCAUAACUGGGAGGAUUUGUCAGGCCGAGCCGGCACCGUGGCCUCUCUGCCUGGAGAGGGCAACCUGGAGGAGAGGUGCAAGCAGGCGGCCCAAGUGGUGCUCAUCGCCCUGUUUGAGCUCAACACGCCCGAGUUCACCAUGCUCCUCGGCGCUUUGCCCAAAACCUUCCAAGAUGGGACCACCAAGCUGCUACACAACCACCUGAGGAGCACGAGCGGCAUCGCCAUGGCGUCUCCCGGCAGCUCGACGGGUCGAACGACUCCGCGCCAGUCCAGCAGCCGCAGCAGCCCGCUGACGUCUCCCACCACCUACUCGCAAGGAGGGCUUUCUCCCAGCAUGCUGGAGUGCGAUAGUGAGAACCUGAACUCUGAAGAGAUCUACAGUUCCCUACGUGGCGUCACUGAAGCCAUCCAGAACUUCAGCUUCCGCAGCCAAGAAGAGCACAUGGAGCUGUACAAGCGAGAUGGAAUGCGGGAGCUCGGGGUUGAAGGUGGUUCUCCUUCGCACUCCAACCUCAAACUUUACGGCGAUUCGAUGGAGGCCGGGCGAACAGCUCUGGACAACAAGACGUCGUCACUGAACACCCCUUCGCCACGCUCGUUCACGCUGCAGCGUUUCCGAGAAUACAACCCGCACAACUACGACAGCAUGGAGCUGCGGCUCAAUGGACGCCAGCACGAGUCUGCCAAGAACAAGAUCCAGAACCCCAGAAAUAUCCCAGGAGUUACCGAGCAGCUGGUGGGAGAGCUGCUGAAGGAGCUGUCGCAGGGCGAGUGUGCCACUGAGGAACGCAGCGUGGAGGAGCGCCGCGCCACCCUGCUGGAGCUUCUCAAGGUGUCACGGGAGGACGUGCAGGUGGUUUGGGACGAGCACUUCAAGACCAUGUUGCUGCUUCUCCUGGAGAUGCUGGGAGACAAAGACCACAUGAUCCGGGCCCUGUCCUUGAGAGUCCUGAAGGAGAUCCUGAGAAACCAACCGGGUCGCUUCAAGAACUACGCCGAACUCACCAUAAUGAAGACACUGGAGGCUCAUAAAGACUCGCACAAGGAGGUGGUGCGGGCGUCAGAGGAGGCCGCGUCCACGCUGGCCUGCUCCAUCCAGCCGGAGCAGUGCAUCAAGGUGCUUUGCCCCAUCGUGCAGACGGCCGACUAUCCCAUCAACCUGGCCGCCAUCAAGAUGCAGACCAGGGCCGUGGAACGCAUCACAAAGGAGCCGUUGCUUCAGCUGCUGCACGACAUCAUUCCGGGUCUACUGCAGGGCUACGACGACACGGAAAGCAGCGUGAGGAAGGCCAGCGUCUUCUGCCUCGUGGCCAUCUACGCCGUGAUCGGCGAGGAGCUCAAGCCCUUCCUGUCUCAGCUCACCGGUAGCAAGAUGAAACUGCUCAACCUGUACAUCAAGAGGGCCCAGACCUCCACCAGCAAUAGCAGCAGCUCCUCCGACAUCUCUUCCUACUAACCUGCUUUCAACACCUUCACCCGCCAUUUUGAUAUUCAUUCUGCCAUUUCAUACGUCCCGCUAUCACACAGCAAAAAAAAUCAGCCGUGAGCUCGGUGGAAGCAGGAGAUGAGUCCCCAGGAACUGAAUCUGCUGCCCCCCUGCUGAAGAGUUCUUGGACCAUGGGAGCAAGGCGUGUGUGUCUUCCCCAAGCUGAUUUGCCUCGUUGCAGCAGAGGAUCACUUGGCUGGCCAAUGAUUUGAAGCUUACGGCAUUUCGGAGCCCGGCAGUACAUCUGUACGACAUUUGUAAAAAAAAAACAUUCCGUGCUUCCACAUAUAACUCACACUCGAGUGACCUCGAGAUUCUCUCGUGAAAAAUCGUUACAGUCUUUUAAUUUUGCUUUCUGUCAGAAAAGAAAUCUCGGCCUAAAAAUGUAUCACCAAUGAAUUUAUUGUAUUCCACUACUUCAAAUAAGACCAUCUUCUCCAGUGCCGUCCCGAGCUUAGCAGUCCUUAGCAGAAUAGUCCAGUUACUGUUGAACCACGAAGUUCAGACCACUGUAAAUGUUUUUCUAAAUUCCACAAAAAAAAAAAAAAAGCUGAAAUGCUUGCAAACAUUCUUUAGACGCUUAUGAAAAGUUGUUCUGAAAGGAACUUGGAAAUAACGUGAGGUAGACAAUCAGCGGAAAAGCUCGCUGAGGUGACAAUGACCUCGAGCCAGCCCUGUGGAGGUCAUUGUGACGUGAGACGUGAAAAUGAAACACUCAUCUGGAGAAUGAAGACUAAAACCGACCUUUUAAAAUGACACUAUGGACUUAGUGAUUCGAGGGACCGAAUCAUUUGGCAAUCAUUUGGUUUCAAACGAGAUGCACAUCCUGCCAUGGCACAUUUUUAAAGUGACCGACAGGCCGCCACGGUUUCCACGGCCUUGUUUGAAUGUUCCAUUUUCACUGUCAUCUUAUACGCGUGCCUUUAGUUAGACGCCUCUUUUUUUUUUUCCUACAGUUGAACUAAGUCCGCCUUGGAGAAACAUGAACUUUGCGAGUAAAGACAACCUGUUAGUAUGUUGCUGAUGAAAUUCCUUUGCACCUACACGCAUGCUUCUACCCGUCACACGACUAUAUUUAUAUUCCGCAGACUACUGCAAGUAUUUGUUACAUCACAAGUGAAACUUAAAUAAAAGAUCAGACUUGU